CCUCCCAGAGAGAUGAAUUACAGGGAGCUGCCGGGCUCUGCCUCUAGAGAGCAACUCAUGGAUUGUAUCAUCCACAAGGCCGAAGUCCUGGAUGGGGCCCACCUGCUGCAGGUCGUCUGGGACCAGGGCGGGGAAUCACUGUACCCAGCCGUAUGGCUGAGGGACAACUGCCAGUGCUUCGACUGCUACCUGGACUCUGCAAAGGCCCGGAAACUUCUCCUGGAGGCUCUUGAUGUGAACAUCACUAUCAAAGGCCUGACGUUUGACAGAAAGAAGGUUUACAUCACCUGGCCCCACGAGCAUUACAGCGAAUUUGAAGCUGAGUGGCUGAAGAGACGAUGCUUUUCCCGGCAGGCCAGAGCAAAGCUGCAAGGAGAGUUGUUUUUGCCAGAAUGCCAGUACUGGGGUGCGGAGCUCCAGCUUCCUACUCUGGAUUUUGAAGAUGUUUUAAAAAAUGAUGAAGAUGCGUACAAGUGGCUUUCCACCCUCAAGAAAGUGGGCAUCGUGCGCCUCACCGGGGCAGCUGAUAAACAAGGAGAAAUCAUGAAACUCGGCAAAAGGAUUGGCUUCCUCUAUUUCACAUUUUAUGGACAUACUUGGCAAGUGCAAGACAAAAUCGAUGCCAACAACGUGGCCUACACGACUGGGAAGCUGGGCUUUCACACCGAUUACCCGGCUCUUCACCACCCGCCUGGGGUGCAGCUUCUGCACUGUAUUAAGCAAACAGUCACCGGGGGCGACUCGGAAAUUGUGGAUGGAUUCAACGUGUGCCAGAAGCUCAAGGAAAAGAAUCCCCGGGCUUUCCAGAUUUUGUCCUCCACCUUUGUGGACUUCACAGACAUUGGAGUGGAUUACUGUGAUUUCUCUGUGCAGUCCAAGCACAAAAUUAUAGAGUUGGAUGAUAAAGGCCAGGUGACUCGCAUCAACUUCAACAAUGCAACCAGAGACACGAUCUUCGACAUCCCGGUAGAGCGGGUGCAGCCUUUCUACGCUGCUCUCAGGGAGUUUGUUGACCUCAUGAACAGCAAAGAACUCAAGUUCACCUUCAAGAUGAACCCAGGCGAUGUGAUCACCUUCGACAACUGGCGCUUGCUGCACGGCCGGCGCAGCUACGAGGCGGGCAGGGCCAUCACGCGGCACCUGGAGGGCGCCUAC